AUGUCCGCGCCGCCGUCGGACACGUCCAGCCGCCGCCCUCCGCGAAUCGCACGCCGCCACCUGUCCCUGGCCGCCGGCCCGUGCGAGCCCGUCGCGGGCCCGCCGAGCCCAUCUAGCGCCGCCCCGAGCCCGCGCGUUCUCCGCCGCCGCGUCCAUCUCCGGCCACCGGAGCUCCGCCGGACUCCGCCGCCCGCCAUCCCUCCGCCGCCGCGGGUUCUGCCUCCCGUCGCCGCCGGGCUCCGCCCGCGCCGCCGUGCGCCCUCCGGCCGCCGCCUCCUCGCGCCGCACAGCUCCCUCUGCCGCCGGCGCCCGACCGCGCCUCUCCUCGCCGCCCGCCCCGCCGUCGGUGUGCCUCGCCUUCGCCUCUCCUCCGCCGCGCGCUCGCGAGCGCCUCCCCGUGCCACCUCACCGCCGCCGCCAGAGCGCGCCGCCCCUUCCUCUCUCCGGCGACUCGAGCCGGCGACCCCGAGCCCGAUCUGCACUGCCGACCCGGCGUUGACUUCGUCCCCCCCCCCCUCGAGGUCGAAAUAUUUCUAA